AUGUCCAUCAAUGAGAAACCCAUUUUCGUCUUAGUGCCUGGUGCAUGGCACACAGCUGAUGGCUUUGAUGUCGUCCGUGAUCUCUUGCAAAAGCGCGGCUUUGAAUCUGUGGCUGUCGCCACUCCGUCCGUUGGAUCGACUGAUAUCAAGACUGGUCUCUACGCCGAUAUUGGCUAUACUCGCGGUAUCAUCUAUGACUUAGUGGCCAAGGGACGCAAGGUCAUCAUUGUCGGACACUCUUAUGGAGGUUCUGUUAGCUCUGGUGCUGCUGAGGGCCUUGGCUGGGCUGAACGGUCGAAGAAUGGUUUGUCCGGUGGUGUGAUUAGUGUAGUUUGGCUGUCUGCUUUUGUUACACAGAAAGGACAGGUCAAUCUUGACCUACUUGGUGGAAACUGGCUUCCUUGGAUGCUACCCAACGAUGAUGGCUACAUCUACUCUUCACAGCAGGAGGCCAUCUUCUAUCACGAUAUGACAGCUGAGGAACAACAAUCGGCUAUUUCUAAGCUAUUACCCCAGCCUAGACGUUGCUUCCUCGAGCCCAUCACUUACGAGUCAUGGCACGACAUCCCGUCUUUCUUCAUCUUCUGUGAUCAGGACGCUGCGCUUCCCCUUCCCUUCCAAGAGGCAUUUGCGGCGAUUCUCAAGAACCCUGGUACUUUCCACAUCGAGUCAUCCCACUCCCCAUUUUUCAGUGUGCCGGAGAAGGUGGUUGAGGGACUUGAACAGGCAGAGAAGCAUGCUCAGGAGAAUAUUUAA